AUGGCGACUUACCCUAUACGAGUUGCUUUUAUAAAGAAUUUCUUCUCCCUCCACUCUUUGAACAAUAUAUCUCUAAUACUAUAUGCUCUUUUACUUGGCAUUUUGAUUGUACAUCCAACCUUAAGUUUCUUCAAUGUGUCUUCCAUUCUACCUCAAAACCAUGUCACUAAAUCCUCACAACGAUCAGAUGAAAUUGGGACGAUACAGAGAAAAUCCUCACAUCCAGAUAAAAGCAUCUCUCACCAACUAGAACCAGCGAAUUACGAACCACCCACUCCCAUCACAAAAACUGGGACUAGUACAAGAAGUCAUGUACUCAAUGACCCUAGUUUACAGUCCACAUGGGCAGAGCAAGCAUGGAUGGUAAGUGGGUGUACCACCGUGUUCAUUUCUUUAGCUAAGUCUGCAACAGGGGCUGUCAACUCACACUCUUGGGUUGGGCCCCUUAUAGCCUGCUGCAUCGGCUACGUGCUAUCAGACCUAGCUAAUGGAAUCUACCACUGGGCAAUAGACAAUUACGGCAAUGCCAAAACCCCUGUAUUCGGAAGCCAAAUUGAUGCAUUUCUGCGUCACCAUAAAUCGCCAUUGACUAUCACCCGGCUUCAAUUUGCUACCAAUCUACACGAGCUCGCACGUGCAGUGACUUUCAUUGUCCUUCCAAUCAACCUUCUCUGUAAUAACCCGACGAUUCUGGCCUUCAUGGGAGUUUUUUCAGGUUUCACUAUGUUCGGCAUUCAGAUUCAUUCAUGGGCUCAUGGAACAAAAAGUAAGCUACCUUCAAUCGUGUUAGUAUUACAAGAUGCUGGAAUAAUUCUUUCAAGGUCAAAUCAUGCCGUGCAUCAUCUCCCCCCUUACAACAACAGUUACUGCACUGUGAGUGGAUUAUGGAACCAGUAUUUGGAUAGAUAUAAGGUUUUUGAGUUACUGGAGAAUACUUUCUUCUAUAAAUUUGGAGUUCGGCCGCGGUCUUGGAGUGAACCAAAUACAAAAUGGACUGAAGAAACUGAGGGACUUGAAUCUCUGCCUGCUUCACAUUGAAUUCAUUUAGUCCCUAUUGCUGCUUGCUACUAUAUAUAUAUAUAUAUAUUGCUUUUUCAUCUA